AGCAUUUUACGUUGCGUGUAGGCAGUUAAGCUACAAGAAUACUUGGUAUCGCUUUAGACACUCAGUUUGUCUUAAGUAAGUCAGGCGAUAUCAUGCUUUUCAUUAGCCUCACGGUAAAAUAGCUGGUAGUCAUGGAUUCUAAGACUUGAGAACAAAGGCAGGGGAUGACAAACAACAGCUACCAUUCGGUCUCCAGAAAACAAGCAAUUGUGGGCAGAAGCAAAUCCCGGAACUUGAAACGAUAGGAUACGAGCUAACAUUAGCUAGCUUUUUGUUGACAGUGUCCUUGCUGUCAAACCAGAAGCAGACCUCAUUUAACCUAACUGCAGUUACCUAGCUAGCCACGCUCGGACUGGUGCCAGUGAGCUUCAUUUAGUAGCUUGCUAGACUUGUGCUGGACCGAAAUUUGGUAGAAGUUUCCGUUACUUUUAACCACUUGUGGAUCUAGAAGAUGGCAUCAAGAGGAGGCUUCACGGGUCCGCCGAUGAAUCCGAACGUGCACCCCAUGAACGUCGGGCAUGCUGCGGGCAUGAGGAUGCCAGGCAUGCCUCAGCCUCCAAUCGGAUACCCCCGCAGCUUGAACAGUGCUCCUCAGUACCCCCAGCGCUCGGGGAUGCCACCCAACAGAGUGGGGGGCCCCUUGGGGUCAAUGGGGGGUCAGCUGCCUGGUCCUUCUUAUGGUGGUGGUGGGAACAUGUCCAUGCGGCCAGGCAUGGGGCCUCCAAGCAUGGACGCCUCGAGGAAGCGGUUUCUUCAACAGCAGCAGCCAGAAGCACUGGGAGGCCUAAGACGAGGAGCAAAAAGACGCAAGAUGGCUGACAAGGUUCUCCCACAGAGGAUCCGAGAUCUGGUCCCAGAAUCACAGGCCUACAUGGAUCUAUUGGCCUUUGAGAGGAAACUGGAUCAGACAAUUGCCCGAAAGCGUAUGGAGAUUCAGGAAGCCAUCAAGAAGCCCAUUAUGCAAAAACGCAAGCUCAGGAUCUACAUUUCUAACACAUACACCCCGAGCAAGCCCGAUGGCGAGGAGGCGGAGAAGGUGUCCUCGUGGGAACUUAGGGUGGAGGGCAAACUUCUGGAGGAACCUGGCAAGCAAAAGAAGAAGUUCUCAUCUUUCUUCAAAAGCCUGGUGAUAGAGCUUGAUAAGGACCUCUAUGGACCUGACAACCACUUAGUGGAGUGGCAUAGGAUGCCGACUACUCAGGAGACGGAUGGUUUCCAGGUCAAAAGGCCCGGUGACGUAAAUGUUAAAUGCACACUUCUGCUCAUGCUCGACCACCAGCCUCCGCAGUACAAACUGGACCCACGGUUGGCCCGUCUGCUGGGUGUGCACACACAGACGCGGGCCAGCAUAAUGCAAGCUCUUUGGCUCUACAUCAAGAACAACAAGCUGCAGGAUAGUCAUGAGAAGGAGUACAUCAACUGCAACCGCUAUUUCAGACAGAUUUUCAGCUGCCCGCGCAUGAGGUUCUCUGAGAUUCCCAUGAAGCUGGCAGGCCUGCUGCAGCACCCUGACCCCAUCAUUAUCAAUCACAUGAUUAGUGUGGACCCCACGGAUCAGAAGAAGACUGCGUGCUAUGACAUUGAUGUGGAGGUGGAUGACCCUCUGAAGAGCCAGAUGAACAGUUUCCUGUCCUCCACAACCAACCAACAGGAGAUUGCUGCACUUGAGAUGAAGAUCCAUGAGACAAUUGAGUACAUCAACCAGCUAAAGACUGAAAGAGACUUUAUGCUGAGCUUCAGCAAUAAUCCACAGGACUUCAUCCAAGACUGGCUCAAGUCUCAGAGCAGGGAUCUGAAGUUGAUGACAGAUGUGACAGGAAAUCCAGAGGAAGAGAGGCGGACUGAGUUCUACCAUGCGCCCUGGGUACCAGAGGCAGUAGGCAGAUACGUUUACUCCAAAGUGCAGCAGAGAAGACAGGAGUUGGAGCAGGUGUUGGGUAUCCGACUGACUUAAAGACAUAUUCCACAGCCAACUUAAAUUAGCUCAUCAAAUGCUUGUGUUUACUCAAUUGAAAUUGGAAUUAUCUAACAAAGAAAUAAGCAAAUUUUUCAUGCUGUCAUGAACCAGCUUCCGUGUGGGAAACAUAUCUUUUCUGUCCCAUACUUAAUAGUUCUAGAAUCUACAAAACUAUAUGGGACCAAAGUAAUGAUUAACAUGUCAUUAAUAAUGUUUGCCUUGCUUUUGUCAUUUUGAGCCUGUUCAAGUAAUCUUUGUCUUGUUUGUAAUACUUUUGUUUCUGGUACAAUAUGCUUAAAACACUUGAAGCAUUGGUGCUGUCCAUCAUCACAUCAUGUGUUUUUUUUUUGUUUGUUUGUUUUAUUUUGAAAGGGUGUUUACCUUCACAUUUUAAAGCCAUAAUCUUUGGAAAGGAACAGUCUGAUAACAUCUCAAUGAAAAAUAUACUCAGAAACUAAGGAUUAUAUUCCACAAAACUGUUGGAACUCUUGAAGAUGUGUUGUUACUUAGAUGGGAACUAGUAAGAAACUUUUUAUGCUAACAAUUUUACAAGUUUAUUCUCUGUUUUUUUUUUUUGUAUGUAAAUAGGUGGAUAUGCCAUUUAAAAUUAAACCUUUCCUGACAGUGUAAGAAGGCAGGAGUUCCGGGAAAGUGCUACUUCUGGGAAAGACUGAGCUCCGUAUUUGUACAAGGAUAAGAGUCCACUAUGUCCAGCUGUCAUUCAGCAGCUUGGUUGUAAUUCUUGAAUGUUUACAGGCUUUUUUCAUUUGUUUGUGGAGGUUUUUUCCAUUGUUUUAAUGAAAGGAAGAGUAACUGUGGCAGGCUCUCUGGAUUGAAGGAUCCAUGCCUCCCAAGAAGGUUAACCGGUAUUAAUAAAAAAGGAAUGCAGCUAUAGUGUGUUAACUAAACAAUGCACCAAAUAAUUAUGUACAUAUUUAGUUUCAUGAGUUAACUUUUCGUUGAAAUGCUGGUUUUGUUAUGGUUUUGCAUGAGAUGAUCUGAAUUUCCUUAAACAUUCCAUGUUAACAGAAAUCGCUGUGCCAAAAUUUUUGUGAAGAAGGCACUUGAAUUUCAAGAAAUGUGUGUACAAAUAUGUUUUGUACAGCUUCUUUGUAAAAUGCUUGCAUGUUGUGCAUCAAUCAAAAGCCUUUAUAUUUUAUACAUUUGGAGAUUUUUUUUUACAAUAAAUAUACUUUAAAAAAUUUA